AUGGUCUACUUCGGGCUCAGAGGCAGAUCGCUGAGCGUCCUGGUCAGUCUUGUGUCUGCAACAGCAUUUAUGCUUCAGGGUUACGACCAGGCUGUGAUGAACGGCCUCGUCACCCUCCCGACGUUCCUCUCUGUUUUCCCUGAAAUGCACAAAUCCAAUAUUGAGGGUACCACCGUUGCCAUCUACGAGAUUGGUUGCGCGAUUGGCGCUCUGUCCUGUGCCUUCAUUGGUGAUGUCCUAGGACGACGUCGUAUGCUUUUCACCGCCGGUGUUGUUGUCAUUGUUGGUGUCAUCCUGCAGGCGACCCCGUUCAGUCUGCCUCAAUUGAUCGUUGCUCGAAUUAUCACCGGUAUGUUGGCUACACACUCUGUCAAUAACUCAGCCACCAACUAA